GGGGCCAGCAAUGGCGGGGAGAGGGGUCACAGGUCAAACGGCGGGAACGCGCGGGAUAAACAAUGGCUGAGAGACCAGAGGACUUGAAUCUGCCGAAUGCUGUUAUCACCAGGAUUAUAAAAGAGGCGCUGCCAGAUGGAGUGAAUGUAUCAAAGGAAGCCCGCAGCGCAAUAUCCCGAGCGGCCAGUGUUUUUGUUCUUUAUGCAACUUCCUGUGCAAAUAACUUUGCAAUGAAGAGCAAGAGGAAAACACUGAGUGCGGCGGAUGUCCUGGCUGCAAUGGAGGAGAUGGAGUUUGAUCGAUUCAUCACUCCACUGAAGGAUGCUUUGGAAGCUUACAAGCGAGAGCAAAGAGGAAAGAAAGAAGCUUCGGAACUAAAGAAGAAGGAUAAGAAACCCGAGAACGAGGAACACAAGAGCAAGGAAAACGAGGAAGAUGCAGAAGAGGUGAAGAUGGUGGAAGAUGAGGAGCAGAAGGAGGUUGAAAACGAGGAAGAGGACGUGGAGAACUGAAGCUUUCAUGCAACUACAAUAGGAAUGGUGUCUGGAAACUGGCCUUGAUCACCAGGAUUAUUGCUGUCCACCUCCAUGCUCUGGUUACGGGUGUUAAGACCAUUCAAGAAGCAUUCGUGGAUCAGCCUUCUGUUUUUGUACAUUUCGAUGAAAUUGAAACCUUUUUUAUUUUGUUACCAUUUGUGUUCAUUUGUAAAACAAUGUUUUAAUAACGCAUUAAAAAGGGCAAUUUUUUUUUGCACUUA